GUGCUCCGUAAGCUCCGUUGUGUAUUAGGAAUUGUCCGAUUCGGGCCGUCGCCGUCGACCGAUCGCAUUCGACCCGAUCCAGUCCCGUUGUGUAAGAUUCAUUGACGAUUGUACUAUUGAAGUAGGUAAAUCGGAUGGAUCAGAGAUGCAGUGAGCUGCAGUGGAAAGCAACGAGGAACAAAACAAGAAUUUUCAUUCGAUAAAGUAUUUGCUCCCAUAAGAACAACGGCGCGCAAGGAAAAGACUCGAUGCUCGAUCCUCGAUCAGAUCCCCACCCCCGAGCCUUCUGCAUGUGUGAUCGCGGUAUAUCCAUUAAAAUGAAAACUGGCGACUUCGAAUCACCGCAACGGACAUCCUCGAGGAUUCCCAGCGUUACUUCGUCCAGGAUAAAGCUCAGCACUCUCGGACGAGUUCGCAAGACGGGAUGCGAGCGGAAUGUCGCUUCGGCGCUUCUUGCACAACGACAAGCUCUUCGGGUCAUUCACGAAAACGUGGACGUGACGCCGAAGCCGUUGGUCCACGCGGCCUUCAGCACCAUCGACGAGAAUCAGACGACCGCCCUGGAGACCAUCGGAUUAUUCCAGACCGGAAGCGCCACCCAACUGACGGCAUCGCCUUCGAGGAUCAGCGGUCUCAGGACCAGUUCCUCCGUCCUUUUCAAGUCCCUCAUCUCGAUGCCGUCCGACGAUUUGCAGAUGGAGAGUCUGCUGUCGACGCAAAUUUGUGAGUCUCUGCCCACGGAGGACGACGAGGACGCCGCGCCGUCGCCAUUUUUUCUGCCUAGCGACGACUCGGCGAUAUUCGCGACGCAUCCGGAAACUGUGACGAUCACCUUAAGGGAGACGCGGACGUUCUUUCUGUUCGAGAUGCCGCAGAUGACCGAGGAUUUGUGGACGCCCGAGGGACAGGCGGUUGAACGGGAAAACGAAAAUUACGAAUACGUGACGGUAGGACCGGGCUCUAAUCGGAAGCUGUUGAACGUCGAGACGCAAACGGUACGCGUGUUGACAAAAUCGCGUGGCACCUACUGUGGCUUGAGGCCUCGCAGAAAUCAGGGAACGUUCGUGAAUAAUUGGGUGAUUUAUGAUACUUACGCGGCACCGGAGCUGAUGAUAGAAAAAAAUGGACGUGUGAUCGUACAUACGAAAGAAUCCAUUCAACGGAUGCGAGAAGCGCAGGAACUCCGGUACAAGCUCCCCGAGCCUGAAACGACCCCCGAACAGAGCUCCGAGGAGCAAUUGUCUCGUAUCUGUCGGGAGACAGGAUUUCUGGAUGCGGCACGCGUGAUGGAACGUAUAAUCGCAAACAAUGUAUUCGUAGAGGCGCAGAAACGCUUUACUGGCUUAACCAAGCGCGAUCCAUGCGCCCUGGAUUUGGAAUUCGAUUAUCGGCUAGAUCUGCUGUGGACAUUCGCAUGCGAAAUGGUGCGUGAUCGUCCUGUGGCCGCGUUCCGUUGGAGUCCGGCAAACGCGAGCGUCCUCGCUGUCGCCUACGGCGCCAAAACCGGGUCCGACAGAACGGACGGGGUAUUGCUGAUCUGGUGCGCCAAGAACCCUAGCCAACCCGGUCGCGAGUACACUUUUGACAGUCCGCUGUCCGACAUCGAUUGGAGCAAGGAACGACCGAAUCUUUUGGCAAUCGGUUUUUACGACGGUAGUGUAAAGGUAGUCGAUGUCAGCGCUAAGAAGAUGAACAUCAUUAGGCAGAGUUAUAGGGAGACAUCGGCAGCUUGCUCGCCACAUUGGCAAGUUCAAUGGUGGAGUGGCGACGAGCAAUUUGACUAUCAAGAACAGAUCUACACCAGUGAUCAAGAUGGCCGGAUAUACUGCUACCGUUUGGGCGAAGAUUUUUUUGCCACAGAGAUCAUGCGGUUAUAUAGAAUCGAAGGUAAAUUAGGCGGAAUUUCUAGAACCGAUCACUGUAUGGCUUAUGACGUGCCCAUCAAUCGCCAACCGGGCGCCAUUAUUCUCCGAAGACACCCCGUCGUCAGCAACGUUUACUUUGUCGGUUCCGACGAAGGUUGUGUCUACCGAUGUUCUACGAAUUAUUUGCGUCAGCACGUAGACAGUUUUGUGGCGCACGACGGCCCGAUUUACUCGUUCGAGUUCUCGCCCUUUUGUCAGAAGUUGUUUCUGACCUGCGGCGCCGAUUGGUGCAUCAGGAUCUGGGCCGAGGGUCUCACUGAGCCACUCAUCACCCUGUCGACAGUAAUGGCGUGUGUGAGGAACGCCUGUUGGAGCCCUACAUGUUCCACUAUCAUCGCUAGCGUCGUGAAUGACCAGAUUUGUGUGUGGGACAUCCAUAGGAAAACGCACAGUCCAACAUCCGUAACGAUUUCAACGAAUGGAGCGAGAUUGGUAGCCGCUGAUUUUACGGCGAACGGGAAUCAGCUGGUGGUCGCUGAUGUCGAGGGCGUCGUCUACGUCUACAAUCUGGAAGGCAUGCCAUUUCCGCCCUAUGAUCAAACUAAAGUAUUGUUUGAGUCCAUCCGCAAGGCACUGGCAACCAAACCGGAACUGCUAAGGAAGCUGAAGAAACUCGGCCCACCAUUUUGAUUGUUUAAUUCCUGAUGAGGGACACGAUCUUUCACAAGCUAGAUGAUGUUUGCCAAGUUUUGCAGACAAGUUCCAGAUGGUGA